AUGGCUGGCUCCUCUCCGCAGGACACCUUCCUCCAGCUGCUCGUGAGCUCCCUGACAGUGUUUCCAGAUGAAACCUGGGUGUGUGUAAGGCGUGAAAGCUCCGCUCGGCUUCUCGCCUCCUCUUCCUGGGUGAGCCGGCGCCUCCCUGUCUUCCCCGGGGUGUUGGGCCUCGAAUAUCCCUGGAUCACAAGCAGACGUCUAAAGCCGCAUAGCUUUUAUGGUUGUCGUCAACCGUGGCGUUCACGCCUAGUACUUCGUCCUUGUUUCUGGAAGCAGAAGCCCUGCUGUUUGAAAACAGCACUGCCUGUCACAGGUUGGGAGUCUCAGGCUGCCCCCCGUGGCAGGGGCUCUGUGCCCCCUGGACUCCUCUCCGCGCUCCAUGCCUGGAGCCUUGGGCUGUGCCCCCCAGGAGCCUCGGGCUGUGCCCCCUGGACUCCCCUCCGCGCUCCAUGCCUGGAGCCUUGGGCUGUGCCCCCCAGGAGCCUCGGGCUGUGCCCCCUGGAUUCCCCUCCAUGCUCCAUACCCGGGAACCUCGCCUGUGCCGCGCAGUGGCUGUGUUCUCAGGUCUCCAGCCUGCUCCCCUUGCAGGGCUGGAAUCGCGGGUGUGUGUUCAUCAAUGGACGAAACCUUGGGCGCUACUGGAAUAUUGGGCCUCAGGAAGCGCUUUACCUGCCUGGCUCCUGGCUCCAGCCCGGCACCAACGAGAUCGUCCUGUUCGAGAAGGAGAAGAGCGGCUCAGGCAUCUACAGCACAGACGUCCGCAGGUGGGCGGGGCCGGGCCCGCAGGUGGGCGGGGCCGGGUCCUGACGGCGUCUGCACUGCCCGAGUCCAUCCCCGGGUGCACUUUCAGGCCGAAGACUGUAUGCAGAAUAUCACACAGCAUUGCCUACAGUAGCAGAAAUUGAAAAUAUCCUAAAAGGCAACAGAGAAAUCGUUAUUUUAUUGUAGUAAAUUCAUGUGAUGCUGAUUUCAGCCUUUAAAAAGUCUCCACAGUCUUCAGUGAUGGAUUAGCCAGUUAGAUGCUCAACCUGCAGCAUGUUUUAGUAUCUGCUCAAAAGUGCUUUUGGGGCAGAUACAAAUAAAAUAAACGCACUUUAUUUGUCUCUCCAUACUCAGCUGGGAGAAAGGGAACUGUCUUUGGCCAAAGAGAGGGUGAAGAGAGAGCAUAUUGUAUGUUCUGUCUG